AUGCAGGAAACACAAUACCCUCCGAUUACAGACAUCAAGAUUGUGUCUCAAAAGGACCGUUGCCCCCAAAGAUAUUUUAUGGUGGGUUUGUCAACUAUACAUCAGGAAUUUCUCUAUUUGACAUGAUUUGAGUUGUAGUCUUAAGCGGUUCCUAAAGCGUUUUGCUAUGCCUUUUGUUCUUAAAAGUCAAAAUACAACCUACCAAAGAAGUGCACCAUGUAGACCACCAUGCACAACUUGAGAAUUUCGAUUCCAGGCUCAAAUAAUAAUAAUAUAGCAAUUAUUAUACAUUCAACUCAUAUCUCUUUUCUGAUUGGCCAAAAGCGUACAGUAAAUUUUCGAAAUCAAUGCCUGGAACGUCAUCUAGCUGCAGAUUGUACAAUAAUCAUGUCAAGGACACUCAAGGUCAUAGGUAAUCAUGUUAUGUAUGACCGCGGUGCAUGAUUUCUAAGGGUAAUUAUGUCAAGUUUGCAUGCUUUGUGUUGCUUGCCGUCAGUGAAUUGAAGAAGCAAAAACAUGACUUACUGUUGUGACCAUUUUUUUUUUGUUCAAUGUAUAAUAAAACAAUAAUGGCUUUAGCCACUUUAUUACACGUAAAACAAUAAUAAUUAUUAUUAGAUUCUGUUUUUGUGAUAUCCAGAAUAAUCAAAGUCUCGGUAAGAGUUAUCGGCCACCCCUGCCUCGACCUUGAUUAUUCUGGAUAUCACAAAAACCUCAUCCAAUUAUAAUUAUUUAUUACUGCAUAAGGUUCUGUAUGAUCUGAAGAAAUAAUGAAGCUUAAGGAGGAGGGAUAACACCCUCCAAGCUCUGCAUGAUUUUUCAGAUCAUACGAUAGCGGAAUUCAAUAAUUGCUUUAUCAUUCAUUCAAAUGAUACACAGUGUGGGUCAUUUCCGAGUUUCAAAAAACCUCACUUUAAAAACGAGGCUAUUCGCGAAGUGCAAAACCAUUCCAGUGACAAUGAGUUUCAUUUGCAUGAGAAAAAAACAAAGAUUUUCAUAUCAAUGGCUUUACUCUUAGCCCUCUAUCACAAUCAGCGCCGUAGCUAGUAUGAGGCCAACCGAGGCACUCGCCUCGGUAAAAUUUUGACGAAUUUCGCCGAUCAUUUUUAUUUUACAUAAGCGAUCAUCGGAUAUUUUUAACGCAUCAUGAUAUUACAAAGAAUUCAGCAAUUCAGUCAAUAUACUAUGAAAAAAUUACCAUAUCAUCGAUCUCAAGGGGCUACGUACGUUAACUCAAAUUUUUUUUGAACAAAUACUGAUCAAAACCAUUGGCGAGGUUAACGGUCACCCAGAUUAUGUAGCUUGUUUCUGAUUAUUGCUUUUUAAAUUCCACUUAAAUUAACUCGAAAAAAAGUUACUGAAAGGCCCAGAAAACGCCGCAAAUCGCAUUUCCGAGAGACUAAAGUUCAAAAUUUCUCGGGGGGGGGGGGAGGAGCAUGCCCCCGAACCCCCCUAGCAACUCCCGCCUGCCUCGGUUGGCCGUUUGGUCUGGCUACGGCACUGACAAUGGUGGACUCAGAACUUCAAGUAAAGCUGUUAAAACAGGAAACAAAAACGUGGAACUUGUUUGGCAAAAUUGCGGCAAAAUGAGGUGAAUAGUGGUGUUGUACAUUUUACCACCCAUUUAUUAAACCUAUCUUGCUACAAAUCAGGUUGCUGCAAGUUGUGUGAAUACUGACGAGCUCCCGAUUGAAUAAAAUUAUGCGGGAGUCAUGCAUACAUGGGAGUUACAUCACUUGCUGCAAGACAAGUUUGCCUUAGGCUGGGAAAAUGGGCAACGUACAGAUUUCGCUGAAAAAAGUAGAACUAUUCUAUACUUUCUGCAACAAAUUUUUACAACCCGCAACAGUUUGAAUUGUUGUAUGACAGGUUUGAACGUGGCAAAUAAAAUAGGCAACAUCACCAUUCAACUCCAGCUUUGAAUACAAUUAUUUUCUUGGCCCUGCAGACUUAAGUUUUCCCUAAAAAAAAAAAAAAAAGGUUGGGAUUGGGGUGUGGACCCUCAGAGCAUCCUCCCCUAAAUCUGCCACUGUACUGUGAAAGCAGGUAAUGCCAGUUUCAGCCUUUUGAUGACUAUUUUCAUUGGGGCCCACAGUAAGUUCAUCUUGGAACUAACCAUCAGAAAGGGGGAUGGAAAUAAACAAUGCUGGAUAUGGGCCAGCUCUGGCAAAAGCUUUUGCCUUCAGAUGUCUUUCAAAAACUGUCCCUGUGUGUAAGACCUAAAACUGGUGGCAGAGCACCCAGGAUUUCAUGUUGAGAUUGGGAGCCUCUGGGCUUUCUCUGAGUAUUUUAAGAGCACAGCCUUGAUUUGAAGUUGAAGGUUAACUUAUUGGUGGACCCAAUGAAAUAAGUAAUCCACAGGCUGAAACCUAUAAUACUCAGAACCUUUUCAAGAGGCUACAAAUUCCCAUUACAAGAGAAUGCGUUCACAUUUUCAUCUCUUAAGUCUUGUAUACUAUACAGUGCAGAUUGUUUUCUCCUGAUGUUGUCAAUAAUGCAAUCAGUAGUGUUUCACCAUGGAUGAAAUUGGACUAGGUUUUGAUACUUAGAACAGCGGUGUUGUGGUCUCAUGCUUGUUGACAUUGUGGUUUUUGUUACCAUAAUAUUUUUGUUUUUUCUUCCACUGUUUAUCUUGUUGGUUUAGCUUGAAAAGACAGUACUUGGACAUGAUGGCCAGUUAUUUGACAGCACAUGGCGACACAAAGGAAAGCGUUAUCUUUGCUUUUCACGUGAGGUGUGGUAGUAUUGACCUCUUAUCCUUUCAUUUUGUUGAGUUACAUGAUAGUAUAUAUGUACAGAUAUGUUGCAGUUAAAUUUUUAUAUCAGGUAAUUUUUAUUUUUCUUCUGUUUUUGGGUAUGGUAAUGUAUACUGAUGAAGUUAAAACAAAGGAAAAAUAAAAGUUAGCUGAGAUAAAAAAUUAACUAUAAACAUGUAUGUGAUUACAGGGUUGUCACUAAGAUUUCAAGUUACUGGGUAAAUACAACAAGUAGGUGGGGAAUCAAACGGCUAGGGAUUUCUUUUGGUUCUAUUUUUCUUCUAUUUUCCAAUAAAAGUAACCGGGAGCCACUCUCUUAGGAGCCGGGGAAAAUCCCCGGCUCCCUGCUCUUAAUGACAACCCUGUAAAGUAUAUAUAUUUUUGAAAGUGAUUUGUGUCUCUGAAUUACAAAUUAUUAUUUGAUAAAUGUCAUGUACCAACCUUAUUGCCAGUGCUUAUGACAUUUCUUCCCAUUUCAUUCUUCCUGGAUUGAUUAAAAAAACAGAGAAGGAGAUGCCAGGGAAGUACACUGUAGUCACUAACCUGUGAAACUAGGCUGGUCAUAUAUCAUAACCAUGUUUUAUGUGUAUAAAUUGGCAAUUUACACAUGAUUUGUAUAAUAACAAGAACGCUCUUACAGUGGCGUUCAGUCUCACUUGCUUGGAGAUUAGACCGUAAAAUGAGGAGGCGAUUAAUUCGACACAAAACAGGAUUUACUCGCUAAAGGUUUUUUACUUCCGACUUUAUCGACUUCAAUACUUUUUAUUUUUUCUAAACUGAUUUAGUGUCAGUGAUGACCGGAAAUACCUCUGCGGUUUGCAGGCCUGGCUAUUCGCAUGUAUAAAUACACGAAAAUUCAAGGGCCUCGAUUCCGGAGAAAUAACAUCAUUGCCAGAGAUCAAAAAAGUGAUUUUAAUAGCACGUCAUUUCAAUCAUCACCGAAAACAUCCCUGGAGACCCAGGGGCAGAUAGUGGGGGCAAGGGAAAGUCUAAACGGGCGGAAAAAUAUGGCUCGAAGAAAAGUAAAGAACGGCGAGAAGAGCCCCUGGGGACAUUGUCUUACCAGACCAGUUCCAAACGGUCGCCGCCGUUCUGCCUUCUGAUUGGGCAGAAAAACUCAAAAAUUUUCUGGCACCAAUCAGAAGUCAGAACGGCGGCGACCGUUUGGAACUGGUCUGGUAAGACAUUGUCCCCAGGGGCUUUUCUCGCUGUUCUUUACUUUUCUUCGUGCCAUAUUUUUCCACCCGUUUAGACUUUGCCCCCACUAUCUGCCCCUGGGUCUCCGAGGAUGCACCGAAAAAAAACCGCAUGCUCUUUACAAGACCCAUUUGCAUACAAUGAAAGUAAAUACAACACCCAACCAUCCAAGUUUUGCUAAUUAAGAUUCUUAUUUUUUUUUUCGACCACUCAGUAGUGUUCACUUGUUCCAAAGUAAUCAAUGCUUUGAAGCAGUAGAAUUCGUAAACCGACACGUUUUGGAAAAGCUCUAAAUUUAAUCUUUCCAGUUGAGCUUUCUUUGCAAAACAUGCAUGGCUUCAAUCACACAACGAUUCUUAUUCUCAUUUUCCAUGGUCUCCGCUAGGACGCCUGGCGCAAUGACUCCACUUUUCUGUCAAAAAUACGAAGAAAAAUGCGUUGCAGAUUAUGAGUCUUGCUGCUUACGCAAGUGAGACUAAAUAUUAUUUUUUUGUGUUUUUAAAUGAAUUGUUUUGAUAUCCUGUUAAAACAACUGCUUUCAAGCUAUUAGCCUUGAAAGUGACCAUGUACAUGUGUCAUCUUAUUGCAGGGGUGUUGGGAAAAUCACAUGUACAUGUAGAUUCUAACUUCAUGUAUUAAUUAGCACUUGAUGAAUGAGGCUGAGUAGGAUAUGAAAUAUUAAGCAGAUCGAGGAGGGUGUUUGGCCGAGGUGGAUAACACCCUCCAACUCAGAUCUACUUAAUUCUUCAUAUCCUACGAAAGCCAAAUUCAUUAAUUGCUUUAUUAUUCAUUCAAAAUAAUUCCUAGUUUAAAAACAUAGCUAAAACAUGCCUGCCUGCAUCGAUGUUAAGUUUAUCUUCGAUAGUGUGUGUUUAGAUUUGUCCAGCUCCGUAAAUAUUCUGCAAAUAGCAGAUGUCGCCCUCCGAGUUGUCUUCUUGCUAUGUUUUUAGCCAUUAUUUCGCCUAGUUCCAGCUAUAGUUCUUACUCUUGAAGCGAGUGAAGUGUCCGCUAUUUUGGUUUUCACAACUAAAACAACUCAACCUCGUCCUCAGAUCUUCUCGGUUAACGGUGCAUUAACCUGUAGAGGGCUGCAUUUUUGACAUCAUUUCCUCGUUAAACACAAAAUUCUUCCAAAUUUGGUCAUCAGUAACUUGUUAUGGUGAAUUAUGCUUGUACUUUUAGCCAAUCAGAAUCGGGGAAAUAUUUUGAGUGAAUAAUAAUGGCUGUUUAUUUCUUUGCUUCUUUAACAAUAAUAAUGGCCACAUUCUUCUGAUUGGGUUUUGUCUUCGUUUUGAGAGCAGCAUUAAUUGGCGAUAUUAUUAAUUUUGCUUUCGUGUGUGGUGUUCAAUCUAGGGCUAGUGUUUUAUCGGGUAAAUAUGACUAAUCAUCAUACAAUGGCUGCAUACAUUUCAAUCUGUUCGUCUACGAUUUUUAGGUGGGAGAAAAUAUUAUUGAAGACCUAACGGUAAUUGGUGAAGAUGAUCCUGUGGUAGCUGGAUUUACAGCAAUAACCAAAGCUCAUGAUGAUGGUCGGUAUUACAGUUUCUUGUUGUUGUUGUUGUUGUUGUUUCUGCAUGUAAGAGUAUUAUUUUAUUGCCACGAAAUAUCAUAUUUCAAGAGCAUUGCUUAUGAUGUAGUUCCUGUAAUCCCUAUUUCCUCUUUCCUUACCCAUGUACAAGUUUCUUUUCCUCAUGCGCGUUUUUGUCUCUCUUGAAAUUACGGCCAGUAGGACUUUAAAAGAUUUUGCCCAGAAGAUCCCCCUAGUAAAGAUUUCAUGGUUUCACAAUUGCUUCCUACAACUCUUAUUCAGAGAACAGCUUGGUAGAACAAUUUUUUCCUUGAAACUUUGUACUUGCAACUGAACUACAUUCAACACACACUUUCUAUUUUAGAUGAUAAAGCCUUCAGGAAACAUCUCCUAUGCCUUAAAAUUCAGUCAAGCAAGACAGCAAUUAAUGCCGUUUGUGAUAUUGUGCUUAUAAAUAGAACUAAAGGAGAGACCGCCCCUCCUGGCUUUCAUCUCAUUGCGUAAGUUUGUACAACCAGUUGGUCAGUUUUCAAAAGUGCCAGUGCUUUGUACUUAGAGUAAAACAUUGAGAGAGAAAUCAAAACUUAUUUUGUUUUUUUCGGAAGCUGGUAUUUUGCUUCUGGAACAGAAGGCCACCCGCGAAGAACGCGAUCUGCAAACGGGUUUUUGGUAGAUUUUAGCUCUUAAUAGCCAAAAAACGGCUCGGCUAGCUUCAAAACAGGUUUUUUUGGUAAAUUUUUUAGGGGCGAAUGGGUUGAUGCAGUGCAGUUAUUGUACUAUCAGUGCUGUAGCCCUCAACGAUAAAUUUUGACUAGAUGUGCUUUUAUGGCAUUAUAUGGAAAGGAGGAGUUAGGUAUUCAAGCAUUUUGUUCCUGCCGUAGAAAUGAUUUAUAGCGGUGCUCUUGGUCAGCAGAGCACCAUGGGUAAGAAAAUUUGGUCAUCUAUGUGCAUCCGAGAAAAUUUGGUAGUCACGUGACCGUACAUACACCCGCCUGCGCGUCCCCCCGCACCACAGGCGUACCAAUGUAAAAUAACUCAAUUAACAGGUAUGGCAACCCAAAUGGAACUCGAGGUUUUUCGCGAAAUCGGGUGGCCACCCGCGCGCCGGACAUUUAGAGAGAAAAGACAACAACAAUCUCGAGUCUUUUUUCGACUAAGUUUUAAUGUCUACACUGACGUGGAUAACAGAGAAAGAGCUAGAGCGAAACAAAUGAGACGAAUUUAGUUGGAAAAACAACUUGAAAAUUUUAUAUCGUUGGUGGGAAAAUGAGAAAUGCUAGCGGUCAGCAAGGAGAAGACAGCAAGGUAAAAAAUAAUUAAUGGGCUACAGUGAAAAAAAAGCGAACAGGAAAACAAGCAAAAAUAUCUUUGGUGAGCGCAUUCGACAUUUUUUUCCCAUAAAAUGUGUAACUAGAAAGUUUCACGUCGUGGCCGUGCAAAGUAACGGCAAAGAAAUGUACAAAAAAGUGUGCUGCACGUGCAAAGUUGUCUUUUUGUCGCUAAUUAGACUGUUGAUUAUUUCGCAGAUCUCCUUGCCGUCGCCGUUUAGCAUCGCUCGAUUUUAUUUUUUGUUUGAGUAAAUUAAAAGUGUGUUGACGAGACCUUCGCUUUUAGCCCUGGUUAAAUCUAUGUAUUAGGUAGUCUGUGGUGGUAAAAUUAUUCUUUGACUUUAUUUUCUCUAGGAAUGAGGUAAACAAUAUAUCAAUAUGUUACAAAGUGGCACCAAUUAUAAGACAGCAACCUGCAGCUGCUAAUACAGGACAGCAGUAUAUGUUCUCCAGUGUUCCUCAUUCUCUUGGACCAAACAGGCAACAAUGGUCAGAAUAUUGUUGUGUUUUUUUAUAUUAACUUAAGAGUACAGAACAUUGUAUUAGUAGUAUAGCCACGAUGGUCAUUUCUUGAUCUCUGGUAAGAUCACCUCCCAUAAACACCCAAAAUUUCCCAGUCAAAGCUCUAUGGUAAUCGCUGUUGAAACCUUUUUUUAUCUACCACCUCUCGCAAGCGACUUCGUCCCUUUUUGUUUUGAUGGCUAAUACGCAUUAGAGUAAGACUCACAAACGUCAGAUUCAAGUUGAGAAUUUCUCAGAAUAGAAAAUAAGCAGGUAAGAACUGUCCAGAACAAUUCUUAUGUACAAGACUGGCGUAAGACUAAUUAUUUUUAGUUUAAGUAAUAAAAAAACAGUUAACGGCAAUUAAGGGAAAAACUAGUUCGCGUGGUACAAAUUCACGUUUGCCGUUUGGCGUAAACGUGAAUCUUAAUCUCUCUACUGUCAGAUCUCUUAGUUCUCUGUAUAUAGUUCGUUUCUCGGUGUAUACGGAGAACUUUUAGUGACAACGUGGAACUACACAUAACGUAACUUAGGCCCUGUUUACAAAGAGAAAGGGUAACCUUGGUGCUAGGGUUACCCUAGCAUUCGCACAUUUCUUCUUUUUUUCACAGGACGUGUUUACAAGGCAGGUAGGGUUACCCGAGCAAGAGGGUUACCCUACAUAUACCUGCCUUGUAAACGCUCUGCUAGGGAUAACUCGCCUACUCGGGACAACUUUCUUCCGUCAUGCGUGACCAGUAAUCUUGACAAUUUGAACGGAAUUAUCCAUUUUCUGAGCUAAAUUAUAAAUAUCUGAACAAUAUAAGGUAUUUUCUGUAUACGAUGAUUAUGUUUUCCCGUUUUUUGGUGAAUUUAGCGUGUUUCCAUAGAGAACUCAGGGUCCGAAAUUAACUUUUUAAUACGGGCGCCAACUGACGAUCAAGUAUAAAUUUUUGGUCGCCAGAGGGCAAAUUGUGGUCGCCAAAAAUUCCCCCUCCUUUUUACAAAUAAAAGUUUAAACACAAAUAGCAAAUAGCUUCGAGGUUUCAAUUCUUAAUCAGUUUCUCCGAACGUUAAAUUCCACAUUAACAACCAGCUUUACAAGUCGCUAGCUGGCGACCAGCUAUGAAAUUCUGGUCGCCAGGACUAAAUUUUUAGUCGCAUUGGCGACCAGAAAGGCGCAAUUUCGGACCCUGUCUCAAGUUUUAUUUCAAAUCUUGGACGUUAAAUGUAUAAAGAAUGUCACGCUUGACAAAACACAUCAUUAAAGCUGGUAAAGUUAACCCGGGUGAUAGGGUAACCUUGCCUGUGAAAUUUGCUUGUAAUCCAGAGAUAACUUUAACCCGCUUGGUAGGGCAACCCUAGCACAAGGGUAUAAACCCUCUCUCCUUGUAAACAGGCCCUCCCAGGAGAUACCGUAAAAAUUUCCAUCCCGCUGUUGCGGACCGUAGGGCUCUUGUUAGAGUCAAUACCCUCCUGUCAGCCUUCUUUUUAUAACCAAACUACUUUAAGGAGGUAGCGUGGCCGAGUAAGCAGCUCGUCGGACUCGCAAAUCGGCCGUACCAGGUUCGAGUUCCGCUCUGACUUCUUGAUAGAUUUGUUCUCGGUAGUCCAAAGUUCAAAUCCUCGGUCACACCUGUAAGUUGGCGUUUUUAAUCCUGUUAUGUUAUAUUUGAAUCAUUUCUUUCUAUUUGACUGGAGUGCCUGUAAAUUAGCUGCAUAAGCUAAGUGCACUAAUUCCAUGACAAUACAAACCUGUAACCUUUUAAGGCCCGUUUCAAACGUCGUGCUACCGCCGUGCCGAACUCAGUUGAUCGAAUUAAAUUCGACUUAAGCACGGCAGAAGCGCGACGUUUGAAACCAAGUCGUGCUACUGCCGUGUAGCACGGCAAGCCUUGCCGUGCUACACAGCAGUAGCUCGACUUGGUUUCAAACGUCGUGCUACCGCCGUGUCAAACUCAAUUCAUAAAUUAUGAACACAUUAGAAUAUAUUUAAAAGGUUGCUAAACCGUUUCUUUAUGUUUGUGUUGUGUUUUUGGCAACAGCCGUUCCAUUCGACUGUCAUAGUGUGAAUUAAAUUCGACGUCUGAAACCAAGUCGUGCUAGUGUCGUGCUGCAGUCGAGCCAACUUAGCACGACAGUAGCACGACGUUUAAAACAGGCCUAAGACAAUUACAAGACAGUGAAUAUUUACGGGCUCCUCUUGUCGCCCGCAAUCCUAAUCUCCAGGUUGUUAUUAAGCAUGCAUCGCAUGUAUGUAGCCAGCAUUCGUUUGGACUUUCACUAGGAAUGAAUGGAAUUUGAUCAGGCGCGUUUGGACCUUCUCUCACUUUUUCACGUGAAACAUACGCAAAGCACAGCAAUGGAGCAAAAGCCUUUUGACCUUCGAUCGUUGUCGCCCGCACUCCGUAACCUUUGGUUAUUGCUAGUUUGUAAAGGUGUUUGCUGAUAGAGCGGUUUUCAUUUGAGUGUCGAAAGGUAAUUGGUUUUGCGUUUACUACGCUACGUGAUUGGCUUAAAAGAUUCGCGCCACUUUUUUAUCCAAUCAGAAGGAAAACCAAAACCAAUUGUGUCACGCUCGCAUGCAUUUUCGCGCGCUUUGCGUCAGCUACAUGUAAUUACUUCGAGUUUUAAUUGGUUCACUGUAUUGUCUGUGUCCUUUGUGAUUGGCUAGAGUAAUUACUUUGGUUUUGGUUUUACGAUACUCAAAUGAAAACCGCUCUAUUUUGUCUUAUACUGAAUUGUAGGUAUGGACAGGCGCCUCCACCAGGACACUGGCAGGUUCAGCAACAACAACAACAAGGUCAUCCUGCUGCUCCUUACCCGGCUCCAUAUUCAAGUCACCCUACUUUAGAAACGUUGCAUUCUAGACCUGGAGCUUUUUCAGGUACGCUAACUUUAUCAUAAAAACAAUCUUGUACUGAACAGUAAUUGGUGGUUUCAACCUGAAGACGGGAGAGUAUUACUUGCCUUCUGCGUACAGGGCAGAUGGCUUAAAGAGGCAAAGUGAUUUGUCCAUGACCAACUGCACGAUCACCGGUCGUUUCGCUACAAAGCAAGGCUCGAAAAAAGUCCGGAUCAUUAUACAUUUCUGGGAAACUGCCCACCUACCCCUUCCCUAAGCCAACAUUAACACCUACUUCUCACUUAGGGCAAAAUGUUGUCUAGGGGGAAGGGUAGGUGGGCAGUUGCAAAGAAACGUAUAAUGAUCCAAAUAGGUCCCGUCCGGUAGACGUGACAAGUAGAAUUUCUUGCUGGGUAUGUAAUUUUUUAAGCUGACCUGCCCGAUUGGUAAGGGUCAAAUCAAUUCAUCCUCUAACAAAAUCAUUAACUCAGACAAGCAAGAAGUGGCCCCGGGCAAGUAAAUCGCGCGAGCUGUUUGUCCAAAGGACAAGCUUGAAAUCUAGGUUUUUAGUCGGUUGAUUUUUGGUGCAUAUUGACGUCGUUGCAAAGUUGUUUCCCUAGAAAGAAGUCGUCUCUUAGCAAAGUCGUUUCGCUAAAAAACAAGUCGUCUCGCUUUAAAUGCAGCGGAAGGGCUGUACAUGUAGCGAAACGACUUUGGAGCGACACGACCGGCCAUUGCACAUAUUCCAAACCUCCAUAGUGUGCAUAAGAAAAAAGGUGUAAAUUUGAAUGUUUUGCAUAAAAGACGGUCAUAAGAGGGAGAUUUUGAAUUUGCCGUUGUCAAUCCUGUAACGAAUUUUAUUUUUAUUUCUAAAUAGUUGCUUUUAUUUCUUUUUGUUCAGUUUGUUGCGUUUGUAAAGGUUAGGGUUACGGCUACGAACGUUAGGUAUUCUUCAGCGAUCGUAGCGAAUACAUAUAGACACAAAAUACAUCCUUAUUAACCCCGGAUCUAAGCCCCCACUACCUUACAUUGAAGAAUUCGAUUCAUUAUGAAGUUUUGACACCUUAUUAAAGGAGCUGUGUCACGAAAUUCAGCCAAAUUAGGAAAUCACAAAACGCCCGUUCAAUUAACAGAAACACAAAAAUAACUGCUUAAAACUUUAAAGGACGGUUAAAAUAACAUAACAGAAACAACAGAUGCCACGGAUGGGCAAAACUGAAGAAGAUUGAAACGGAUUGAAAUUAGGGUUUUUGAAAACCUCCAAAGACCCUCAACUUCAAAAAUAAUGGGUUUAUUUGUCGGCGAUUUUCUUUGUUUAUUUCCAUCGCGAUUGAAAAAAUUAAACAAAAUGAACGGACUGCCGUAACACAGCCCAUUGAAACCGGGGUUUAGGCGGCGAUUUAAGAUUAGAAAAUAUUCACAUUACUAAGAUAGAAAAUAUUCACAUUACUGCUUACGAAAAAGAACAAAUUGAGUACCGUUUGUCUAAUAAUUGGUUGAUUUUUACUUCCAGCCAUUGAAGGCCUUCCGUUUCAAGUAAAUUCCAAGUUUGAUAUCUUAUGGAAAAAAUCUGGGGUGAGUUUUUACCUUAUAGUUUAUUAAUAUAAAGUACAGUAGGUUUGAUUGAAGUUUCCCAGAGUAACAAUUUCAUUGCAUUUCCGGACGAAGUACAUGUCGUAACUGGCGUGGGGGCGGGGGGGAGGGGUAGUGUGGGGAGUGAGAAUUGCAUAAUCCCCUACCUAGAUCUUCAACAGCCAACCGACAGAUUUAGUGCCCGUUGGUCCUUUUCAAACGAACCGACGGAUUUAAUGCCCCCUAUCCCCGACGUUCCACUCCCAACAUUAGAGACCUUUAGAUUCUAAGACCGGGACAACUACGAACACGAGACUUUCCGUAAUGCGCGCGAGUGCACCAGCAUCAUUUUGGCGGGAAAACUCGAUAGCCAUCUUCAUUCUGCCAUGGCCUACGGGUUUUAGUGAGAAUGCCGUAGCGAGGGAAACGUUGUCAAAUGUUAGGAGUUUCAGUUUAUUUUUGUGAUCCGGAGAGGCUUAACUUUCUUAAAUAAAAAUAACCGCGUAAACUUUUCUGUUGAAAAAAAAAAGGGUAAAAUGAAGCUUGGCGGAGCGUGUAUUUUUUGAGACGGCACCCACAAAACAAAAAAUAAAAACCUUUAAGUCAAAAGGCUCCUUCUCCUCUUCUAAUCGAAAGUUCUCUAGCGCCCCCUCCCACUCCCCCACAACAAACAUUUUGUCCUAAGUGAAAAGCUAGUGUUAACGUUGGUUAGGGGAGGGGUAGGUGGACAAUUUUCAAGAAUCUUCUACUGAUGUCCAUUAAGGUAGCUGUCGUUAUGGUGGCAUGCCAUUCCUGUGUAACUUGGAAUGGUUUGUUGUAGUGUUAAGUUUCUAAUUGCUGUUUAUGUUUCUGUAUUCUAGCCGGCAAUACCAAAUGUUCAAACCUUAUCUGUAAAUGACAUAGAUUCAAAGGUAAGUCGAUUUAUCCUCUCUUGAUUAUAGUGUAGUCAUUCGCGACACGUGACACAGUUCCUAUACACUAAUUGGUAAACGUCUCUGAAGACGUGCGAUGCUGUUGUUGUUUUACUAGUAAUGCCUUUAUAAAAAAAUGCGUCGGUUGGCUGAAAUCAUUUCAUGAAGAGGCUUAUCAAAACGCUUGACUCGCGUUUGGAUUCUUUAUAGCCAAUAACUUCUCAGCUAAACGGACCAGUAAGUUCGCAACUUAUUGACCGGUUAGAAAUCAGCUUUAGUAAUCACUUUAAUUUACAUGAUGUAUGACUUCCGCACAGUUCCUUGAAGCUUAACGUAAAACAACAGUUCUAUUCAAAACUACACUCACCUGAGCGAUGAUUUUCCAGCUACUUUUGUGAUAUGUUCCUAGGAUUAGCAGGGCUACAAGCUCAAUUUUUUUAAAGCUGCCUUUUUGCAACAUUUAAUUCUAAAGUGGUCCCCAGAUAUAGCAUGUUGGUCGCCGAAAAGGCACUUUGUGCAGUAUUACAUAACGUUUUGAACAGAAAUGAUAAGAACGGCUGUCGGCAUUCAAUUUUGGAGGUGCACGCGCACGUGCGGAGGAACUUGAUUUUGGAGGCGCAGGCGCACGUGCUGCGCACUCACGGACAGCCAGGGUGAAAUAGGUUAAAGAAAAUGGAAGAACUUUAAUUUAACUUUGGAAAGGCCAUAAAGAAGAUCUAAUUGAAAAAGACAGUCCACCCACUAUGACUGGCGCAUUACCGCUAAACUUUUUUCGCUAAAUUGGCGAAUCUCGCUGAACAUUCAUCUUCAAACCUGUUUAAAUUUCGUAGCUUUUAUGUCCUUGCAGCAAGAGGGAGGGAUGAUCUCUCUUGCCUCAAGGUGAAUUUUAAAAGCAUGCAUUGGGCUCGUUACUUGUGAGUUUGUGGAUGAAAUCCUUUGGUGUGACGAUUGUCCUUCCGCGCUUCAUUCGGUCUGACGAAGUGCGAGCAUUCGAAACGUCAGUCUUAAAAUCUUUUUGAGGUAGUAAAUUGACUUUAGCUCUGUUGGUAGAGCGCUUGACCGCAGAGUGGGAGGGAGUGGGGCCGAUUCCCGGGAUCGGACUAAUACUCAGGGUCUUAAAGUACCUGAGAAAUGAAGGUGCUUCCUUAGUCCUGCAAACGGCUAGAGCUUCGCUUGGCUCGGAUAACCACGUAAAAUGGCCGUCCCGUCUCCAGUAGGAGACGUUUAUAGUGUCCCCAAUUAGUACUUUCGUGCGAAAUACAUUGACACUCAAAUAAAGAGCAUUUUUUGUACUCAAUGUUCACUUAAUGAGUGGAAUCCUUUCAUGUGGUUAUUGACUUUUUUCGGACCGCAAAACUUUCGCUUAGUAUAGCUGUGCUUUUGAUCAUUGAGUCCUGGGGUGGUAAGCCUUCACUUUUGUUGAUUGUAAGAAACUCAAUUACCAGGUUAUUCCUUUUGUAUUUUUAUUUUGUUGUACUUUUAUUUCUUGCUUCACAGUACAAUUAUGACUUUAGCAAAGAACGAGCUGUAAUUUCAAGAUGAAGUAGAAUUCUUGUUAAUAAAGACGCCUACACGCCACAUGCCGGACAAGAUGACUGCAGUUUCGUGGACCUCAUCUAGAUCCAUGCAUUUUCGAAACGUCGUUUACAAAUACGCGUCAAAAGCUCCAAGUCCGUAAAAUCGUUUUUCGUUCGUUUUCGACCGUUCACCUCAAGAUGCCUGUUUCAAGGCUAAUGUUAGACGUGUGUUAAAUUUCCAACCUUGCUGUGGGUCAUGCUUGAGUAGCUGUGACGUCAGCGUUUUAGGAAAGCGUUUUGCCGUCCACACUAAAAUGACAGACCUCCAUCUUUUAAAUGAGUUCACUUUCGAAAUGGCGUUUUCUUUGGAAAGUGUCUGUUUUUUUCUGCCGUGUUAAUACGCAUAAAAUUAAAACGCACUAAUUUGGAUUGGGUCUUGCAUAGGUUAUUGUUUCUCGAAAGAGGUUUAACAUAUGUUGAGGAGAGGAAGACUUUCUUCAGGCUAAAGGAGUACUUGGACCAAUCUUACUGUAUGUAGACGGCAAAGCGUAUGUGCUCACAAAGUUACCGAUAUCUCCACGAGUGUUGGCUUGUCGAACCUUUCGCUCAGGCUGUGUUCUCACUAUACCGUCUUUCCGUGCCAACACGAAAAGGUAUCGGGUAUAGUAUGAACACCUGUCUGAUAUGUGGAUCGUCACUUUAGAGAUCGUCGCGGCGCGGCUUCGUUCCGUAAAGCCUGGUUCUGAUAUGCCGCCGAUGUAUCUACGAAGUAGCCGCCGGUACCGCCUUAGCUACCUCUCGGAC